ACCAAAUAUAUUGGGACUUUAAUGUAUUGGCUAUAAGCAAAGGGUGUCAGUUUUCUAAGAAAAAAUACAUCAUGUUUCUUGAAAUAAUUUGUGUUUGUUUUUUGUAUUUUUGCGUCAUACUUCUUUAUCGCAAAAUUUCAACAAAAUUCAAUGUUUAUUGAUGGGCCAAAAGGUUUACCAGUUUUCGGAUGUAUAUUAGAAUUCGGACACGAAAACAUGUAUUCAAAAUUUUGGACUUACGCAGAGAAACAUGGAGAAAUAUUUCUUGUAAAAAUGCUAUGGGAAAAUGUUAUUGUUCUGAAUAGCUCACAGCUGAUAAAGAAGGCCUUUUCUGAUAAAAGAUAUAGGCAACAAUUCAAUGACCGGCCAGAUGCGUUUUAUGGUCAAUAUUUCUUAACAAUGAGUCAAACUGUUGGGUCAACGAAAUAUGGUUCCGCUGCCUUCCAUAGAAAUGCCAAACAGCAAUUUAUACACGCACUACGUGUGUAUGGACCUGGUGUCACAGAAUUUGAAGACUUAUUCAUGGUUGAAAUUGAUAAGUUUAUUAAGGAAAUAGAGCAGAAAGAUGGCAGUUUAUUCAAUUGUCAAGAAAUCAUCGAUUCUACGCUUUCAAAUACUUUAUCAAUUUUACUUAGUGGGAAUUCAAAGACAGAUUUUGACAGGAAUAUGUUCUGGGACCAUGCGGAUGGUGCAGACUUCUUCCUCAAUGCUAACGUUAACGUGGUAAUGUUGGCACUUCCGGUCCUCCGAUUCCUCCCAGGAAAAUACAGUCAUCAAUUUCGUAGUGCAAGGAAAGCUUUUGAAAAGUUAAAGAAAUAUUUUCAAAAUAUUCAGGCUGAUUUUAAACCUGGUGAAACAAGAGGCUUAAUAAACAAUUAUCUUGAAUAUCAAAGGCAAGAAAAGUCUGCUGGUGAGCAAAUAUCCUUCACAGACGACAAAAUAGUUGGACAAUUAGCCGAGGUUGCAGUUGGAGGUAUGUUAACAAUACGAUCAAUGUUAACGAAUUCCAUUCUUGUGUUGCUGAAUCACCCAGAAUAUCAGUCAAGAAUCCAAACUGAGCUUGAUUUUCACAUUCGCAAGGACAGAUAUCCUAUACUUGAUGACAUGAAAAAGUGUAUAUUCUUACAAGCAUUCGAGAUUGAAAUGGAGCGCUAUUUAAAUGCUGUGCCGUUGUUAUUGCCUCAUUUCUGUCGGGACAAGAUCAAGCUUGAGGACUACGAAAUUGCUGCGAAUACAACGGUAAUAGCCAAUGUUUGGUAUGUCCACCAUGAUCCAAAAGUUUGGGGCGAUCCUUGGACAUUCCGGCCUGAACGAUUUCUUGAUCAUGAAGGUAAUCUACUGCCGCAAGAUCAUCUGCUGCGCAAAAGGUAACAUAGUUGCAUGAUCCACACCAUUAAACAC